ACUAAUUUCGUAUGCUGUCUGGCUGCUUUACCUUUUUCCAUGGAUGAACUGAAGAAAAUCAUGCCAUUCUUCUGAAUAUAAGAUAAAGGAAAGAGACCUUUACCUUCCUGAAGAUUCACAGCCACAGGGAACGCAUCUUUCUUCUCCGGUUGAAUUCAGCAUCUAAACUGUCAAGGCAUUAUCAUGUUUCGUCGUGGGAAGAAUCGAGACCCUGAAAAUGAAGAGCAGAUACAUGAAGCCAAGGUCAAUGAACUCCGGGAUGCUAUUGGACCGCUGUAUGGGCGUAGCUUGAAAUACUGUUCCGAUGCAUGUCUGAGGCGAUAUUUGGAAGCUCGUAACUGGAAUGUUGGAAAAUCAAAGAAAAUGCUGGAAGAGACAAUAAAGUGGAGAUCAACCUAUAAGCCUGAGGAAAUCAUUUGGGAAGAAGUGGCAACUGAAAGUGAGACUGGAAAAUUAUUUAGAGCUAAUUUUCAUGAUCAAAACAGGAGAUCUGUUCUUAUCAUGAAGCCUGGGCUUCAGAACACAAAAUCAUUAGACAACCAAAUCCGACAUCUAGUGUACCUUCUGGAGAAUGCAAUCCUUAAUUUACCAAAAGACGAAGGACAAAUGGUAUGGUUAAUAGAUUUCACUGGAAUGACCAUGAACACAAGUAUCCCUAUUAAAUCUGCUAGAGAAACAGUCAAUAUUCUUCAGAACCACUACCCCGAGAGGCUGGCGGUAGCAUUUCUUUACAAUCCUCCACAUAUUUUUGAAGCAUUUUGGAAGAUUGUGAAAUAUUUCUUAGACGCCAAGACUAUCCAUAAAGUGAAAUUUGUGUACCCAAUGAACAACGAGAGUGUCGAGGUUAUGAAGUCGUAUUUUGACAUCGACAAUCUCCCAUCUGAAUUUGGCGGUAAGGCCACUCUCAAGUACAAUCACGAUGAGUUCUCAAAGAUGAUGAGCCAGGACGAUGAGAGAAGUGCGGCUUCAUGGGGAUUCACAGCGAAGAACAGCAACAGCUGCCUCUCUAAUGUAGAGGUAACUUCUGAACCAGCAGUUAUCUAAUAAACAAUCUCUCUUUAUAAUAGAGAAGAAGUUUAAGAGGUAAUAAUAACUAUAAGAAAGUUAGAAGAGUUGUCCCUUAUCCUGAUGAAAAAGGAAGUAAACUCUCGUGGUCCUCUUCCUACUAAGUUAGUUAGUAUAUAUGUCGUAUGGAGCUGGGAGACUGGUUGGUUUCCUAAUUGACCAUUUUGUUGAACCUUUCCUUCUUUUAAUAUUAAAAAUUUAUACAAACUUUUUACAUUUUAAA